AUGAGUUCCUCCGAUGACGAAGGGUCUGUUUGGGGAGCGGGAUUCGACCCAGCGGGCGGGGAGCCGGCCGGCGGCCGCUCGGCCCGCCCCACAGCUCCGCGAGGCCCGCGACUAGGCCUUGAUCUGGGGACGCCGCGGAGCAGCCAGGGCUUCCCGUCCGAGCCAGAAGGGGUGGAAGCAGAAGGGCGGGUGCUUUGGGGCCGCGAAGGCCGGCCUGGCUCCCCGGCCAACGUCCAGGGGCAGGUCCUCGGCUACCUCGCCAACGAGGCGGCGGCGGCCGUCCUGCAGCAGCUGACCGACCGGGAUGUCCUGGGCGUCCGCAGAAAUCCCUCCCCAGAGAGCUGCUCCACGGAAGUGUCCACCGUGUGGGUGGACCUAGAUCCGGGUCCCAGUAGGAGAGGCGUGCGGGCCCAGAGCUGGGUGGGAUCGCAGCCCCUGCCUUCCGCCAUCGCCCCGCUCCGCCCCAGGGGGCCCGAGAGAGGCCGGCCCUGGGUGAACCCGAAGAGAGGCGCUAAGAAUAGGUCGAACCGCACUGUGGGUCGCCAUCGGCCCUCCGUGGAAGGCCUGGUCGGGCCCAUUUCCGACUCCGAGUCAUCGGAUGAGAUCGAGAAGCUGCAGCUGAUGAGGGUGACCGUUAGCCGCAAAGGAAGAGGCAUGGCCAGACCCAGCAGCCUCGAGGGUCCCAGGGACACCCCCAGGCACCCGAGUACCCACGGCAGGGAGAGCUUCCUUCACGUGCCGGGCCCUUUCGUGUCCUCCGCUGCCCGAGGACUCACCUCGGCUGUGGAAAGGCAGGCUGUUGGAGAGCAGGACACCUCGUCCUCUAAGAAAAUGCCGAGUGUGGUCUGGGGGAAGGCGGAGAGCAGGCCCAGCUACCUGGGAGCUGCUGCCACAGGUGGCCUGCCCGCGGCCAUACCCUGGAGGAAGGUGGCCCAGGAGAAGAGAUCUCUAGGCGGGGGCUCAAACCUUGUCCUGGGGAGAAGCUUUCCCUCCUGGGUGCAGAGAGUCCCGGCGCCUCCCCUGGAGCCAGUCACCUUCCCCACAAUCUCCACCGUCCCGCUGCUGACGAGGAGCAAGAAGUCCUCCUGGGUCCCUUCGGGGACCAAGCAGCCCAAGCACACGGGCGCUGGGAAGAAGUCUGUGGCCAGGAGGGCCAGGGAGUCCGAGCCGGUGGUGGAAGGAGAUAAGGAGCCGAAGGGAGGCCCAGUCCCAAGGGGCCAGCUGCUCCCCAAGCCUUCCUUCCUGGCAGGGGGCCUGGGAUCCCUCAGUGCCCCACUGUUGUCCCUAGCUCGGCUCUGCCUCCUGGCCCGGGGCUGA